AUGCUGUUUGAUUCAGCAACUCCAUCACGACAUCCUCGCCUACCACAAGAGACACUCUUGAUCCCACCAAGAUCACAGCUAAAGACCACGACGAUGAAGACUUUCAUGUGCGAUCUGACUGCAACUUUGCUAGCGGAAAUGACCACUCUGGCAAAGUCCAUACAGGCACUUCCUACUUUAGUUUCGCCCGCUUCUCAAAAUGGCACAGCGGAGCUCACGCCAAGCUGGGCCGCAUCUGACUCUACUUCGCAAUUCUCGCGUCGCAACUCGCAAACACCAAGUGGGAGUAGACCGGAGUCACCCGUAGGAAAUGCGCUGAAGGACGGUCACCGCGCGUCAAUGCCUGUCUUGCCAUCGAGUUCCGGAGGACCCCUGUCUACCGAAGACCCUAGGACCGCUUCAUUGAGUGCACAAGGUACACGCACACCCCCGACAACCUUCGACGAAAUUUCCGGUAUCAAUGCUGCCAAUACGCUUCAUCAAACAAACAGCAAUCCUGCCAGGCCUAGCUCCGCAACCAAGAACGCAGCGGACCGCGUGUCGAUUACAGGUUUUGGUUCCGGCGGGGUCGGUGAAAGAGCUCGAAACAAGGGACGCGGUCGUAUUGGGAUCGUGAUCGGUACCUUGUACAUGUGCGCAGGCCAGUGGGUCGAGGCUGUACGAGAGCUCACAGAAGCCGCGACAAGAGCACGUGCUCUUAGUGACCAUUUGUGGCAUGCUAAAGCUCUCGAACACAUUAUGGUCUGCAUGCUUCUCUUUGCAUGGUCAGGCAUGGACUUCCAGAUACCCCCAAUCUGCUAUCCGACAUCCGAUAAGUCUGGAGGCAACAAGUCACCCACUCAUACACCGUCGAGUAGUGUCUCUGACGUUUCGACUCCCGCCAAACCUCACAAACAUGAUAACGCACUGGACGCUCUGAACUCCAUGCUUCCAGACAUGGUCAACAUGAUACUGAACCUCUAUACCCGUGCGGCCAAUUUCGCUGGCGAAUCUUUGCCGCCGCUCGCGUUUUCCGAAUGUGUAAUACGCUUUUCCAAGUUGCUGGCCGCCAUCAACUUAUCCGGAGGCUUUCUAGAUGAUGAUGCAUUACGCCAGCUUGUGCAGAAUACGCCAUACAAGCAAAAGCCACGCCUUUCGGUUCCGAGGCUUAGUGUACACCCUACGCGUAAUGAUAUAGCGUCUAUGCUAUUUCGUGCAUUACCUGGACCAGCGGAGAGCUCGGGCAUGAACCCCACAGAUCGCGUCGUAGUGCUUGCUGGUGUUGCCUCGAUCUUAUCGUCCUUAGGCCUACAACGCAAGAAAGCCAUCGUCAUGAAGGAGUUUAUCACGUCUUUGGUUCCUGGCUUGAUACAGGCCCGCAAGGUUGGCGCAGCAGAGAUGGGAGUACAUCCAGCUGCUGGCCUUGCCGCUCUCAACAUCGCAAGCGGCGGUAGCUCCGGGAGUGGUGCUCUCAAUCUAGGCGAAGGCGAAGUCGAGAAUGGGAUUGAGGAAUUCCUAGGCUUGCUAGGCCGGAUAUACGGGAUACCGAAUUCGAAAGGGAACAUGCCCAAUAUUGGGAUGCCCAGUCAGAGAGAUGAGAACGCGGAAAGUGCAUCGGACAGCAUUGCUAGUCAACGCGUCGUUGACACCAUACUGGCGAUAUCGUCAUUGCGCUCUUUCGGAAGUUUGAGUCUCAAGCUAGAGAUAUUACGAACGUGUCUGAGUUUCUGCGAAGCAUUACCAGACUUUAAUGGCGUCCUCCAUUUCACUGCUCUUUUGCUUCGGGUGGCGGGUCCCGGAACAGCACCGAGACCUAAUAGCACCGAUGUGUUCGUCUCUCUUCCCCGAGAUGAGCAGAUCCGACUGUACUCCAACAUCUCGAGAACCGUCACUGCCGCUAAGAAGCUUGGACUACAACAUGUAGAAACAGAAUACUGGGAUGACUUCCUUGUGCGCGGGUUGUUCAUUCUCGAGGAAAUGGAACCUCUCCGAUUAACUCAAAGACAGGGGAUCGAGUUGAAGUCGGACAGCCAAGGAAAAGACGGCCCUUUUCUUCACAAUGCCUGGCUGAAGAAGCCGCAUACAAAUGCUGCAAAUACAGUCCUGGUCGCGAACGAGCACUAUCGCUUCGUCAUAGCCAUGCAGAAUCCAUAUGAGUUUGAGCUUGGCGUAGAGUCGUUGAAGAUAGCUGCUGAAGGUGUUGAGUUUGUCGCGCUGGAGGAACACUUCCUACUGGGCCCUUACAGGACUCAGAAGUUCCAGAUCACAGGGACUGCGCGGACAUCAGGGUCGUUGAAGAUCAUUGGAUGCUACGUCAAGCUUAUCGGCUGCAGAGAGCGGCUGUUCCCCAUAUUCCCAGAGCCAUGGAAGCCGAAGAGAGAAGCUAAAAUGAAGCGCAUGGGCCUCAAGGCAUGUUUAGGGGCACCAACAUCCCGGCCCUCCUCGGCAAUCGCACCAUCCAUCGACAGUAGAGCAACGUCUCAGCCAAAGCCGGAGUCUUUGACGUUUUCGGUAAUCCCAGACCAGCCCGUCAUUAUAAUCACCAAUGUUUCGUUACCGCAGUCAGCCGUCAUGGUGCUUGAAGGCGAAAGGAAACGAUUUACUGUUACAGUGAAGAAUACUUCGACUGAAACAACUGUCGACUUCGUCCACAUCUCCUUCCAGGAUACGGCGACCACUGCGAUACAAGCGGCGACUUCCAACAAAGACUUGCCUGCAGCCGAAUUGCAUGAGUUGGAAGUCCAGCUCGCCCAUCAUCCGUCCUUGCGCUGGUGCAAGGAUGGGGCCGAGGAUUCACCGAGCAUCAAGCCUGGCGCUGAAGCGCAGUUCACCAUCGAGGUUAUCGGUCGCACAAGACUGACGGAUGCAACUAUACAAAUCGACUAUGCCAACCUUGGAAAACGAAGAUCGGAAGUAGAGGAGCACUUCUUCACCCGCCAGGUAUCUGCGCCCAUCUCGAUUACCGUGAACGCAAGUGUGCAGCUUCAGCGACCGGAUAUAGUACCCUUAUCCGGCGACAUUGCCUGGUCUAGCGAUGCAUCCUCAGGCUCGCGCACUCAAUUAGAAGACGAAGCCUCGCAAUCACAGUCGUCUGGCAAAGCCGACGGUCAUCUUCGGUCUUUCAUCAGUCAAAAGCAGAGUGAUGAUAGCGAUGAAGAGUAUUGCAUGCUUCUCCUAGAUCUCAGGAACUCCUGGCCAAACCCGCUAUCGAUAUUGCUCCAAGCCCGAAAGCCCAUGGCUGAUGGAAACUACACCAUCGACUCAUGGAACGAAGCGCAUAGUGUGAACGAAGUCAUACAACCGGGGCAUGUCAGCAGAGUCGUCAUGAUCCUUCCAAAGGUCUACUUGAAAGCCCCACAUGCGGCUGUACCGUCGCUCAACCCCGCCAACCAACGCCAAUUCGUCGUCAGCACGAGCAAGAUCUCUCCCGAGACCGAACGCGCGAGUCGAGAAGCUUUCUGGUAUCGUGAAGAGCUACUCAAGAUCGUGCGCGGAACGUGGACGGAGGAUGGUAAUGGACGUCACGGCGAGCUGGAAUUGCGCAGCAUCCGCUUCACGCCGCGCAUGGUCGAGGCUAUCAAGCUUGACGAUCUCGCCAUCAAGACAACCAUCGUCUCCGACUACCCUGCAGCGGGCGGCGAAGAAUUUGUGCGACAAGUCGGCCGCGCAAAGUUCGAGGUGCCGAUAGACGAGUUCCUCACUAUGAAGACGUUCGUCCGCAACCGAAGUCCACGCCCCGUCUCGCCUAUACUCAGACUACAGCCUCACGUCGCCGGUCUUCCCCACAACGUCGCACUCGAUCUAGACAAGCGCUUCUCGUGGACAGGUGUUCUGCAGCGCAAGUUGCCGGUCAUACAGCCUGGAGAGACGGUGGAGUCUGAGCUUGGCAUCGUUGCGUUGUGCGGGGGUACAUACGAGGUUGGUGCAACAGUUGAUGAAGCGGAGUUCAUCAAGAUGGGAGGUGGAGACGAGGAUGAUAUGAAGAAUGACGAUCAAAUGCUACUUCAGGGUGGCAAUGUUCUGGGCGAGCCGAAGCUUCGGACGUGGUACAUGACGGAGCCGUGUACUAUCGUUGCGAAGAGAUGA